GAUCCCUCCUCUGUUAUGCAAUUCUACCAAUCUUGUGGACCUUGAUUUGUCCAAUAAUUGCUUCACCGGCAGAAUACCUCGUUGUCUCAUGAAUAUGAGUACAGGCCUGAUGGACUUCAACCUAUCUAACAAUUCCUUAAGAGGCCCAAUACCAAAGAUAUCAGCCCCAAACAACUGUAGCUUGAAGAAUUUUGUCUUAUCACAAAAUCAUUUAGGAGGGAAAUUGCCACUAUUCUUGGCUAAUUGCAGCAAUCUGGAAAUUUUAGAUCUCAGUGAUAAUCAGUUCAAAGAUUUGUUUCCCAGUUGGCUCGAAGCUCUCCCAAACCUUUACAUUCUUGCUUUAAGCUCGAACAAGUUACAUGGUCUAGUAAAAACUGGCGGGUCAGCUCAACCCUUUCCCAUGCUGCACAUAUUUGACCUCUCCGACAACAAUUUCCGUGGUGCUUUUCCAACUCAGUAUAUUACUAAUUUCAAGGGGAUGAUUGGCGGAGAACAGGAGCAGGGCAACCUUGUUUAUCUGUCAAAUGACGAGCAAGUAUUUUAUGCUACUAGUGUGAUGUGGAAAGGGGUCAUGUUAGAACUGCAGAAAAUCCGGAAAGCACUCGCAGUCAUUGAUUUAUCACGUAACCAUUUUAAAGGAAAAAUACCUGGUGUGAUUGGAGAUCUAAAAUUACUCAUAGGCCUCAAUUUCUCUCAGAACAACCUCACGGGUGCUAUCCCGUAUUCGUUCAGGAAUCUGACUAAUCUUGAAUGGCUAGACCUCUCGCUGAAUAAUCUCUCUGGAGAUAUCCCUGGAUCCUUAGCUGAUCUAACAUCACUGGCAUACUUAAAUCUCUCCACGAACCGGCUCAUGGGACCCAUUCCUGAGGGUAGACAGUUCAACACAUUCAAGAGCAACUCCUUUGGGGGAAAUCCCGGGCUGUGCGGAUUUCCAUUGCCAAGAUGUGGAGAGAAUGCAAACAAACCGCCACCAUCAACUCAUGCAGAAGAAGAAGAUACAGAAAAGGGAAGUUGGAUCGAAUGGCGAGCAGUACCGAUGGGCUAUGGAUGCGGGACUGCAUUUGGGCUUUCAGCAGGAUACAUCAUGCUUCAUUUCCGGAGACCACUAUGGCUUAUGAGGAUGAUGGAGAGAAGAAUAUACAAGCUGCAAAGGAGAGCUAGAAGAACUCGGGGAAGAAAUGGUACAAGGACUCGGCGCCAUCAAUGAAAAUGAGGCAGAGCAACAAAUGGUCAGUGAAUUGCAAUAAGUGGGACGAAUAUAAGAGCCUCCAGAUCCUGACCACGUCCCCAGUUCAGGUGAUCUUGAAGAGCAUACUAACAAAGGAAUGGGGCACCUCUACGGGUGUUCUUAUAUAUUCAUGUCGUUAGCAGUGUCUUGAUGUAAUAAAAGCACGGACCAAGAUGUUUUUUGUCAGAGUUUAUGCCACAUGAAAAGUGAGUAUA